AUGAGCAAAGCAUUGAAGAAUUCUGAAGAAGAAGAAGAAGUUGUUAUUGGAGGAGUAGUAGCUUCUCCAUUAUGGGAUUGUGGAAGCCCUUUAUAUGAUUCAUUUGAAUUGGCAACACUUUCUCAUAUUAUUGAUAGGCAUACGGUUGUUUUGCCACAUCUUAGUGGAUCAAAGAAGGCAAUUAGCCACGGUUUUGAUGAAAGUCAUCAUCAUCAUCAUCACCAUCACCAUGAUGAAGUGAAGAAGAUUUCAAUUGAAGAUUCCAAAGGUUCUUCUUCUCUCAAGUCAACAAGCUUUAGUGAAAUUUUGGACAAGAUCAUGGGGAAGAGAAAAUUUUUGUUGUCAUUGGCGAAGUCUUCAAACCCCACAACGCUCGCAGAGUGCAAACAAAUUCAUGCAAAGCUUUUAGUCACCCAAUGCAUCUCGCAGACGCAUUUGGCAAAUAACCUUUUGAGCCUUUAUUCCAAAUGUGGCCAAUUCAGCUAUACCCACCACCUGUUCGACCAAAUGCCCCACAAGAACGUUAUCACUUGGACAACCUUAAUUUCUGCAAAUCUUAGAAAUGGGUAUCUCCCAAAAGCCUUUGACAUGUUCAAUCACAUGCGUGAGGUUGGUGAGAGUCCCAAUGAGUACACGUUAUCUGCACUGCUCCGUGCUUGUGCUGAUCCUGGUUUGAGGGAUGUUGGUUUGCAGCUUCAUGGUGUUGGUUCGGUUAGGGAAGUUCAUGGGCUGGUGUUUAAGUUUGGUGCCGACGUUGAUAUGGUGGUUGGCAGAACUCUGGUUGACUUGUAUGCUGAAUUUAGGGACAUAGAUUCUUGCAGGAAAAUCUUUGACCACAUGGAGGAAAAGGAUAGUUUAUUAGUGAAAACAUACCUAAUAUACAACACAUUUAAGAUUCGUAAUAUGAAAUCAAAGUUUCAAAUUGUUGCACCUCUUGAAGCUCCCUUUUAA